AUGUCUUACUGGAUCUGCUGCAACUCCUGCUUUCUUCCCCCCAGUGCUGACUGCAGACUGGCUGUGACAUCCUGCGGACAUGUCAUCUGCAGUGUUUGUUAUCAGAAAGGUAAGCAAGGCAACUGUUUAAUAUGCGAGGCCAAAUGCCAAGUAUCACCUCUCUCUGACAAAAGCAGCUCUCAGGUGAAGGCCCUGUUCUCCGACAUCAACCUUGUUGCAAAUAAAUACUUCACGGAAAUCAACAAAGUUAUAAUGUUCCAGGCAAGACAUCAAAAGAGGCUUUUGUCUCACUAUCAGAAAAGGAAUGAGAAACUAGAGGAUGUGAUAGUCAAGAUGAAGCAAGAAAUGCAGCAGAUGACAAAGACGCUGAAUGAACAGAGUGCCUACAUCACUAAACUGGAAAACUCUCUUCAGCAUCAGAGUGCUAAAGCUUCAUCAGUGGCCCAGAUGAGCCACAGUUCCCAUACUCCACAAGGACAUAAGUCGGUCGUACAGAUCCCGUAUAACUCCCCAAUCUCCCUUUCAAGACACUCCUCAACUACUAAUAUCGCUGAAAACAUGGAGGUGGAUGAAAGGAGUCUGUUCAGGAAAGUGAGUUCCAUUAUAGUUUUAAUAUAAUACCUGAACUCUACUAACACUGUUCCCAGACUGUCAUUAAUCAGUCCUCCACAAGAUGGACUAAUGGGCACCAUCUCACACAGAUCAUCCAAUCAAAACACACUGGCCAACAACUCAGCACGCUCAGCCACAGUCAGUCGUUUCCAAGGAAUGCCGAUGACCCCAGACAUGUCAUAUGGCCUGAGUUCUGGGUGGAAGUCUCCCCUCUUCAAACCUCCGCUCGCCUUCAGACACUCCUCUAUGUCCUCUCUGGUCGGCCCCCCUUCCUUAACAAACACACACACAUAAACUAUCACAAAACCUCUAGAAGAACCACACCUGACCACUGACAUGUUUCUUGAGGUAUUUAUGUGUCUCAUGACCAAAAAUGAG